GGCUGUACAUACGUGCAACCAACCUCCCGCACCCCAAACCCAGACACAACAAGAAGGACAGAAGCAAGGACAAGUUGCCAUUCCUCCCUUCUCCCCUUCCACACGAGCGUCCUGCAGCUGGUGCGGCGCAUGAGACGACGAGACGACGAGACGACAAGAAAACUUUGCAGCCUCCCUCCACCAACAGCAUCGAGGCUGCUGUUCCACCCUCUCGGCUGUCCUCCGUCACAGCCGGCAUUCUCGUCGUCGUCGACACCCACAGAGGGGUUUGACGCCCACGCCGGGCUACUCAGGCUGCGUGCGUCCCAUUCAAGGCAAAAUACCCAUUAGGUCAAGACACAUCGGAAAGGCCCCUGUCCAGCGAACCACCAGACCACCUGCUUUCGGGCAGAUAUCCCGUCCUGCGCCCGCUGCAUAUCGCCAUUCCCCAUCGAGGAAUCCGAUAUGCCCAAGCAAAAGGCCAGCAAAUCUGUCGCCAAAGCAAAGCUUCCGAGCGUGGCCGCAGCUGCUGAACCACCCUCCUGGCCUGCCUUUAAACCCCCGCUCCCCCUAAUCGACCUGCAGCCCGAGUCGCUCCUGGAUGACAGGGUCGUCCUCAUCAGGAACUUCUGGCCAAAGUCGCUCUGCCGGGACUAUGCCUCCUUCUUGCGCACCUUGCCGCUCACCACCACGCCCGGUCAGCCUAGACGAGGGGAUGCUGUCAGGGUGAAUGACCGGUUUCAGGUCCACGACCAGGGUUUUGCCAACCGUUUGUGGCUUGACACAGGUCUGCGGGAUGUGCUGCUGGGCGAUGACUGGAGAUCGCUGUGGGGCGGAGACCCCGUUGGCUUGUCCCCCAAUAUCCGGAUAUAUAGAUACAAGCCGAAACAAUUCUUUGACGCACACUACGACGAUUCCAAUACUAUUGUCUCCGAAUUCGAUCGGGGAAAACCCGUCACUACCAGGACAACGUGGACUAUGCUGCUGUAUCUCACCUCGGCAGCGGACGGAUGUCGAGGCGGUGAGACGGUAUUCUUUCCCAAUGACCGAAGGGUGGCCAAGGAAGAAGUUGCCGUGGCGCCUGAGACAGGCAUGGUUCUGCUUCACAAACACGGGGAUGACUGCAUGCUUCACGAAGGGCGCGAGGUUACUGCUGGAGAGAAAUGGAUUAUCCGGAGCGAUAUUUGCGUCAGUAAAUAGUUUCUUUCACUCUCUCACAAGGGGAGGACUAACGAACACUCUACCAUGUGACCGGCCGACCCAAUCGAAAAGGUGGCUAUGCCUUCUUGUUUCCACAUGUCAUCUAGCGCACCACUCUCGGUCCUUUGGCACCAACAUCCCCUUGUUCCCUUCUGUUAUGUUGUUGCCGAUGACAGUGGGGAUCAUAACAACAGGCGCUUGUCGCACUAUGCAGCCCCCCAGCGAAUCACAUAUGGUCGGGACCUAUUGCCACUUCUGAAGUCCGCGAAGACUUUGUCUUAAUCACCUGAGAUCAACUACCACAACAUCCGAAGGAUGCACAGGCUCUGUUCAAAGUUGUAGGUUCGAAAAUCCGCAGCCAGUAGAUUGAGUCUGUUGCCCAAGGAAUAUGAAAUGUCAUGCGGCCAACAACAUCUGAGGUCAUGCCGAUGCGCCUCGAUUACUUCUCAAGGUGCACUCGGCACGCGAAUGCGUCCAAGCGACAGCAAUUUUGCCACCUUCUCAAAUCAUCUCCUCGUACAACACCACCCCAAGCACCCACUCCGUUCAGGUCUCCUGGAGGUCUCCUGGAGGUCUCCAUUGAGGAGUCGAAUCUGACUUGCUUCUGGUGCGCGAUCUGCCCGGGUGUUCUGGUCUGCCGAUAUUGGCUCACUCGGGGGAAGGCCAAGAGGAGGUGGAUUCUGAAAGGACAUUGCCCCCUGGUCCUUCUGCCGCACUUGCGUCCGAAUUUGUUCGGGAGACUUAUCAUGCACAUUCUGACUGGUAUUGAGCCCUAGAGACUAGUUGUGCAACGAGCUCAAAUCAUGCUGUCGAUCCCCUUGUUCCCGAGUGCUUGUUUAAUCCUUGCGCUACAUGCUCGUGCCGGCUCACGCAGCAACACGGAUUCCGUCGGGUGUUACCUCUUCUUGGGCGUCGUGACAUCUGUGGUCUGACUUCAAAUACUACUGUUCCAGCUUGGUCAUCUUGAUCUACUACAUGGCAAUUGGCUGGCGUUAUUCAACUGGAGGCAACUUCCGAUUCGGAUAUUGGACACAUACCAGGGAAUCCACAUUUCAAAUUGCAAUUCAAUUACCUAUGACCUAAAUUCUGGUCGAAAUGAUCUCUCAUCAUCAUAUGAUGGUUAUCAUCGCGAUGGAUAGCUGGUAUGAAUAAAAUCACGUGUGCCAUAUAUUGGUGAACCCCACCGUUG